GUGGCUGUCAUUAAGUACCAGCUAAACGACAAAGACCCUGUCAAAACUACAAGACGUGUUUCACUUUUUAAUUACAGUUUUAUAUUUUACAGUCGCUAUUACCUCGGCUACAUUUCGUCUUCCUCCAUGAGCAGGUUACAAUGUGUGGGAAAAUCCUCCAAGGCUUCACAGAAACAGCUGGCUUUAGAGGUGACCACCGUGCAUGCAGAGACCCACAAGUCUGACGGCACUGUGGGGAGAAAGACUGUCGCUGAUAAACUUCGGAGGACACUUCCUUCAUCUUAUUCUGUACAGGAGAGACAGGAGUCUGGAUUUGUCAGAGGUGACGUGCUGCAUUUAAAAGAGUCUGCACCCAAGCAAUCUGUCAACAUUAUCCCAAGGGUUGAAAAACAAGCUGCUGUGUCUGUUGAAGACGUGAAGAUGAAAGACCCACGGACACAGCGGCUGUCACACUCAGCAGUAACAGGUGGAAAGACACAUGGUCCUCCACCAGUGGAGCCCAUCCCCCCACCUGAGCCACAUGGUGAGGAAGAGCAGACUGAGGAGGAGGAGGAUGCUGAUGAUGAAGGGCAUGGGGCUCCACUGCAGCUGAUGGCUGAGUUCCUCAGAGCUGUGAUGGACGGAGACUUUCAGCUGGCCAGCAAACUGUGUCAGAUGAUUCUCAUCUAUGAACCGGAGAAUCCUGAGGCCAGACAGUUUCUCCCACUGAUCCAGGAGAAGCUGCUGGAAGAGCAAGAAGAAGAGCAAAGUAAUGAUGAUGAUGAUGAUGAUGAUGACGAGGAUGAUGAAGAUGACAAAGAUGACAAUGAUGACUCUGACAACUCUGGGAGCGAUGAAGAGUCAACUCAGAGCUCAAGCUCCUCCUGCUCAUCCUCCUCUUCCUCGUCAUCCUCAUCAUCAGAGGACGAUGAAGAAGCAGAACAGCGGGGGAACAGACACAAGCCGUGUCCACCAUCCAACCUUCCUCCUUAAACCUUCCCCUUGCUUAUAUAUCUCUCUUAAUACUGUCUGCUUCCUUUUUCAGAAUAGUUUUCCAUCCAAUCAUCCUCAAAAACGCUGUUGGGUUUGUGCAGAAAAUAAGUCAGUUUUAUAGGUUUUGUUAAG